AUGGGGUUUGCAGUUCUUCUUGUAUCACUUCUAAUACUUUGCCAAGCACCUUAUCAUGUUUUUGGCAUCAAUACUGUGUGGGCAAUCCUCACUGUUGCCAUCAUGUUUGAACAUACUGUUGGUGCCACAUUGAAACGAGGAUUCAACCGAGCAUUUGGUACCAUAGUCUCGGGAAUCUUAGCCAUUGCUAUCGCUCAGUUAGCUUUGAGCACUGGACGGAUUGCGGAGCCUAUUGUAAUUGGUGUGAGCAUCUUCAUCGUUGGGGUUGUAACAUCAUUCAUGAAGUUACUGCCAUCCUUUGUGCCAUAUGAAGCUGGAUUUCGAGUUAUAAUUUUCACCUACGGUUUGAUCAUUGUCUCCGGCUAUCGAUUGGGGAACCCAAUCAGAACAGCCCUGGAUCGGCUUUACUCAAUAGCCAUUGGAGGGAUCAUAGCAGUAGCGGUAAAUGUAUUCAUUUUCCCUAUAUGGGCUGGGGAACAGUUACACAAAGAACUCGUCGAUAACUUCAAUUCAGUGGCUGAUGCACUUGAAGAAUGUGUGAAGAAGUACUUGGAAGAUGAUGGAUCAGAACAUCAAGAAUUCUCAAAGACUGUCAUGGAUGAGUUUCCUGAUGAACCUGCAUACAGAAAAUGCAGAUCCAUAUUGAAUUCCUCUGCCAAACUUGAAACUUUGGGCAUUUCAGCAAAAUGGGAGCCACCACAUGGCAGGUUUCGGCAUUUCUUUUAUCCAUGGUUAGAGUAUGUCAAGGUUGGUGCAGUUUUGAGAUAUUGUGCAUACCAGGUUACGGCACUUCAUGGUAUACUUCACUCAGAAAUUCAGGCUCCACAUAAUCUCAGAAUCAUGUUUCGGAAAGAGAUCCAAAAGGCCACAAGUGAUGCUACUGAGCUAAUCAGAGAACUGGGCAAAGAUAUAUGUAAUAUGAAGAGAAACCUCAAAACUUCCCUCCUGAAAAUGGUUCAUAGCUCAACAGAAAGACUCCAAAGGGCAAUAACAAUACAGUCGUACCUCCUUACAUCUGCCAAUGAGCCAUGCGAUAAUUCAUCGAAGCUCUCCCACGCCAUCUCAUCCACCUUUUCCGACCUCUCAAACCAAAUGGUCAAGCCUGAUAACAAAUGUAUUGAGCAAAACUAUAAUCCACCAUCCCGACCAAACUAUGCAACAAUAGAAUUGCAGAGAGAAUCUUACCACGAGAUGAUGAGGAGGCAAUCGAGAAGUAGGCUCUAUUCUUGGCCAUUGAGGGAAGUUGAUGCUUUCGAAAACGAGGGAGGUUCUAGCUCAGAUUUCAUUCCCAGGAUGCAGGAGCUGAGCACUGCUGCAUUAUCACUUGCCACGUUUACAUCAUUGCUUGUAGAGUUUGUGGCUCGACUCGAUCACUUAGUUGAAGCAGUGGAAAACCUGUCAAAGAUGGCCAAAUUCAAACAGGAGGCUCUAUGA